GGAGUGCAAGGCAAUGGAGGAGGAGUGCAAGGCAAUGGAGGAGGAGUGCAAGGCAAUGGAGGAAAAGUGCAAGGCAAUGGAGGAAAAGUACAAGGCAAUGGAGGAGGAGGAGUACAAGGCAAUGGAGGAGGAGGAGUACAAGGCAAUACUGGAGGAGGAGUACAAGGCAAUGGAGGAGGAGGAGUACAAGGCAAUGGUGGAGGAGGAGUACAAGGCAAUGGAGGAGGAGGAGUACAAGGCAAUGGAGGAGGAGUACAAGGCAAUACUGGAGGAGGAGUACAAGGCAAUGGUGGAGGAGGAGUACAAGACAAUGGUGGAGGAGGAGUACAAGGCAAUGGUGAAGGAGACGUACAAGGCAAUGGUGGAGGAGGAGUACAAGGCAAUGGUGGAGAAGAGCAAGGCAUGAGAUGAGACUGGACAUAGAACACUAU